AUGGCGGAAGGCCGGAUGAAUUUAGCUGCUCUGCAGCAGAGAGAUCCGUAUAUUACAGAAAUUCUUGACACAGCAUCGCAAGUAGCCCUUUAUUCAUUCAGCUCUUUAGCUAAUGAAUGGGAGAAGACUUCCAUUGAAGGUUCCUUGUUUUUGUACCAAAGGUCAGCUGCCCCAAUUCAUGGCUUCAUGAUCCUGAAUCGCCUGGGCCUCAAGAAUCUCAUUGAACCAAUCAGCAAGGAGCUAGAGUUUCAGCAGCAGGACCCAUUCCUCCUCUACAGGAAUGCUAAAGCUAUAUAUGGGAUCUGGUUUUAUGACAAAGAAGAAUGCACUCGGAUUGGUCAGCUGAUGAACAGCUUCCUGCAGCAGGUGAUUGAUAGCCAGAAGGCUAAGAGUGGAGCCAGGAACACAACUUCUCCAAAGGCUGACCGACCCAUAAUUCCUGCCCUCGUCAUGGGUAACAAAAAUGUGGACAUAAUGCAGCUCUUGUCCAAGGCACAGCAUGAAUAUGACAAGUGCAAAGUUCCAGGAGUGGAUCCCAAGCCAUUUAUUGACAAUCCUAACGCAUCAGCCACCAAGGCCUCAAACCUCAUCAAACCAAAACCCCUCAAGAUUCCUGGGGCAGCAAUGGAAGAGGAAGAUACAGAUCAAAGCCAGCCUGCGACCACACCCACAGCCACCCUCACUCUAGAGACGUUAUUUAGAACUGCAAGUCUGCAGCAGACUCAGCAGGCGGAAAUGCCGAACAUCCCUAAAACAUCAGGGUUCCACAGGUCAAUGUCAGUGACCGAUGCAGAGCGUCACAUGACUAGUCAGCCAUCGUCGGAGGAUAACUUUCCGCCCCUGCUGCGCCAGAUCAUGUCAUCAAGCUCCAUGGUGGAGGAUAUUGAACGUCAACAGUGGGUGGACCCUGCGGGGUCUGACUUAAGCCAGUUGUCCAAUGUGGCUGAGGACCCCAAAAUCUCCAGAAAAGCCCAAGGUGGCAAGGGCGAGGCAAAGCGCUCAAAACCCCAUGGAGGGGAGGGCAAAAAGUCCCCACGAGGGGGGAGAAGUGAUCUCAUGGACAUAUACCAGGGGGGUGGGGAUACGCAGUCUGUUGACGUCAUCCAACAACUGUUAUCUAGUGGGUCUAAGGCCACACAUAGACAAGCAAAAUCAGUGUCACCAGGGAUCAAACAUUCUGCUGAACCAGAUCCUGCUCAGAUUCAUCUUGGAAGUGAUCUAUUAACUCCUGCAGCAUUAGAACAGAUGGCAUCGGGUAUCCCAUCACUAUCAGAUGUGGGGUCAGCCAGUGCUGCCCUACCCCAAGGGUCAGAUGUCCUCCUCACCCCUAUGGCGUUUGCUAGAGUACCCCUCCCUGGAACCAAGGCAUCACCUGUUCCCAUGGCAACUCUCAACACAACCUCAGCUUCAGAUGAAAGUAAUCUACUAGAUCGUAGUGCGGGCUCUAGUAGCUCUGAGUCUAUCACUGUGGCGGCCCUGACUAAGGAACAGCUCCAUCAGGCCAUGCUGUAUCUCCUCAAGAAUGACCCCAACUUUCUCAACAUACUACAUGAGGGAUACCUCAGCAGUCUCAAAGAGUUAUCUGGAUCCAGACCAUGACAUUGAUUUUUAUGAUUUCAUGGUUGUCUCCCCUGAAAAGUACCUGGUGCAGAUGUUGCCUAGCAACAACAAGUCUUGAUGGGAAAUGUGGUGCUAUGUUUGCAAUGACAAAGUGCUGCUGAUAGCUAAUAGGACAACUCAUCUACUGGAGUAUAGGGGCCAAAUUAGGGGUUGCAAAUUAACUUUCUUUAAAUUUGCAUUAUUUUGAACUUUUUAUUGACAUUGAUAAGUCAUAAUGUGAUUAUGAAAUGUUUUACUGACAGCUAUAUUUUUGUGAUAUUUGUAGUGUAACUGUUCCUACAGUCCAAACCUGACUGGCUGAGGGCUAACUGAUGUUAAUGUGACACAGUCAGCAUGGCAAUGGUUGGCAUAGCUACAAUACCAUCAGGUUUACCUUUUAUCAAUUUGAGAAGUCGCUGUUAUAAUUAAUGAUAUCUUAAAAAUGUUGAUGUGUAUUUUAUUUAUGUAGUUUUUGAUUGGUGUGAAGGGAGACAACCCAAACACAUAGAAUUAUGUUUGUGUUUAGGUGUCACGACACUGAAGGGUUACUUGGACUUGCCAAAGAUUACAUAUUGUACCAUUAAGUAUGGUAUAGACCCUGAUUAAUCUGACCACCCUAUAUUCUGCUAUGAUGGACCCAACUCUGUAAAGCGAGUCCACUUCAGCAGAAGGGGUAGAAGACGGAAUGGGGAGUUUGGUAGCUGAGAGCUAGUGUAAAUACUCAAAACUCAUCAGACUUUUUUUUUUUUUGUGGAAUGGUAGAUGCUCGAAAAGCAAAAAAUAUCUUUUUAUGGAUAUUAAAAAUGAUGAUAAAUCAAUGCUUUAUGUAUGAUUCUUCAUGAUCGCCACAUUGCUGGUGUUUUUUAUCAUUAAAAAUGCUUUUGGUAUGUAAUUGAUAUAUGGUGAACAUAUUGGAGUGUUAAGUACUGCUUCCUAGCUCCUCAGUUUAUAUAUUCACAGGAUGCUACUAUUUCAUUUCAGUAUAUACUGACGGAGAAUGGUUCUAUUUGACAUCAGUAUAUACAGAUGUGGAUGGUAUUUUAUGAAGUAAAGCUGUAGUUUCUCAGACACUAGUCAAUAUCGCUUGUCUCUGCAGUAUUCCAUAUACAGGUGCUACUGGAAUAUACAUACUACUGCUUAUUGACUUUGUAUUGCCGAGAAUGUGUUCAUUACCCCCAGCAGAGACGGUAACAGCCGUAAUUAUUUAUUAUUUGUGUGAUCCUACUUCUCUGCCAUGUGACCGGUAAAGUUUUACAAUAUCUGUACGUUGUCGGUGACAGUGGUAAAUGAUUUUAUAUGUGUAUGUUGGGAAUCAGAUCUUGUUUAGAUCAGGGUAUCCUUGUUAAGCUUCCUGUGUAGCUCAGCUCAAUGUUAGUACCAGACCUGGAUCCUUGUAGCUAUCAAAUACAUCUCAAUUUAACUCUUAAAUAUAACAUUAAAAUCGUUAUGUAUUUUACAUUAGCCCUGGGCUUACCACACUAUUUCAGUGUUUCCUCUACAGAAAGGGAUAUUGUGUAUUGCCUUGUAAAUUUUAUAAGAUUUUACCUGUAUAUCGCUAUCAAUGUCUUUUUUCCAAGCCUGUAGAAAAUACUUUAUGUAAUCAAUGUUACCUUAGUGCUAAUUACGACCUAAAAAAGGGUGACACUGAUCCAUAAUCGGCUGGGCAUCACUAAGGAUAGAAAAUAUGUUUUAUAUGUGUAUACUCAUUGGCUGGACAAUCGAUGGAUAGAUGAAUGUUUGGAGAGAUUUUUGACAGUAUUUUCCCAUCAAGAAUCCAUGUUCAUUAUUACAUGGGGUCCAUCAUUUUGUGUAGAAUUUUGUGUUUGAUAACUCCAACACAGAACAGAAUCUUCCCUCCUAGUGUCAGAGUAUUGAGCCUAACAUGACAACAGCGCCAUAUCAUGGAGGAUAAUGUAUUCACGCAUGCUCUUAUACAUUACAGUCACUUUUUUUACACUUCAUUGUCCUCAAAAGUCGGACGAUAGGACAACCUGUCCAUCUGAUGCAGUAUGUAUCUUAUCAAUGAAAUAGUCUCUAAAUUUGGUCAUUUUUAAUUAGAUGUGCAUAUAAAGUUUGAGAUUCUCUGUAUUAUUCGUAGAUAUUUCUCCAUCCAUAAUUUGGUCUAUUGCUUCCGUAGCUGGAAGUAUCAUGAUAUAAAAGAAUCGUUUGUAUCAGGUUACUGACACAGUGUUACGUACUUCACACAGGUUACUGACACAGUGUUACUUCACACAGGUUACUGACACAGUGUUACUUCACACAGGUUACUGACACAGUGUUACUUCACACAGGUUACUGACACAGUGUUACUUCACACAGGUUACUGACACAGUGUUACUUCACACAGGUUACUGACACAGUGUUACUUCACACAGGUUACUGACACAGUGUUACUUCACACAGGUAGCUUCAAACAUACAGUAGGUGAUCAAUAGCACACAAGUAAAGGGUUAAAAUUCCCUGAGUUAAUGCAGUGUUUUUAAUGGAAAAUGUGCCAUCCUUCUGGGUCGACUGCUUUCACUAAAAGGGGGGCAACUCUUUGAUCUUUAAGUAACACUAUUACUGCAUUAGCUCUUUAAUAUUGUAUGGAUGUUGGUCUUUUUGACUCUGCUGUCUGUCCUCUGUGUCAUUAUUAUAUCACCACCAGUACACGUAGCAUUUGUGAGUCCUCUGUGUCAUUAUUAUAUUACCACCAGUAUACGUAUCAUUUGACAGU